UUGGGCGCACACUUCGACUCCAAAACUGCACUUUUCUGUUUAUCCGGGCUCAUGGAGGAGCAGGAGCCCAGCGAGACUCUGCGGGAUGCGCACGCACACUUUCACCAACACAACUUUGAACAGGCGGAGCAGUUGUACUCUCACUUUAUCAGCCGCUGUUUACUGAACAGGAAUUGUGACGCGAGGGAUUUGGCCACUGCUUACAACAAUCGGGGUCAAAUCCGGUACCUGCGUGUGGAUUUCACUGAGGCUGUGGAGGAUUACAGCUGCGCCAUACAAACUCAGGGACAGUUUGAGAUCCCCUACUACAACCGGGGACUUAUCCACUACAGGCUGGGUUUUUAUGAUGAAGCCAAGAAGGACUUUGAGCAGACCCUGACACUGAACCCGGAUUUUGAGGAGGCCAAAUUGAGUCUCCGUCAGACACUGUUGGACCAGAAGGAUAAAGAGGCCCGCGGGUACUGAGGCCGGACCCAGAGGCAGACUGGACUGGACCGGGACAAGGGAGCACAGUCCAAACACUCUGCUGCCCACACGGAUCACCUCACAUCUCACACAGGGCAUAGGCGCUGCAGAGUGUACUGACGCAUGUACUGGAGUAUGGGGACACCUAGUGGAAGAUGAACACUUUGCUGAGAAUAUGUUGAAUGAGUUUUAAAGAGCACUAUGUAACUUUUCUGGUGGGGAUUUAGCCACCUACUUGUCUCCGUGGAGUUAUUAUUAUCAAUCUUGGG